AUGAGAACACAAGCACAGAGCUUUAAUACCCGAAAGGCACUAAAGAAUGAGAGUAAUGAGCGUCUAACUCCAAGCAAAAAGAAAGAUAAUGCAAAUUCCCGGUCAUUGGGUGUAGAAUUGCCUGCUGGCUCAGUACCUCACUUUGAUGCAAAAAAUGAUAAAAUGACACCUCGUAAAUUGUCAUCUACGUCUUGUAAGCAGCUGGAUCACUACGCGGGCCCCACGUUUCAUCAUUCUCCAGCAGCAUCUAAUCUUCCUAUUCCGACAUUUUUAUCUAAAGUUAAUGAUACACCACAACAUCUGUCUAUCUCACAUUCUGAGCAACCGAAACUAUACAAUAAGCAGCCAGCACCAAGGGCCUUGUCAUCUAGUCCAAUGCAUAAGUUGUUUGAGUCGCCUGAUUCACCUAUUAUGUCUGAAAUUCAUUCAGACAUACUGCAACAUAAAAAAGUAGCACAAAAUACUUCUUUUUACGGUGAUUUUACACACUUAGCACACGAAUCUCAUUUUUCGUCACCAGAAUUGGUAUCUCAGGCAGAUAUCAAAGAAAAAAAGCAGAGACAUAUACCAUUAAAACAUGAAACGACUAUUCUAUCAGAAAUAGAAGUAGAUAAAAAGAAGAAGACUAAACAAAGUGUGACUUUGCUAACACAUUCUUCAGACUUAGUUGAUACACAACAAAAAUUAAGAAACAAUGACCAAAAAUAUUUUUCAAAGAAAAAAAAAAACUGGUCUAAAUACGAUCUAUAUAUUGACGACAACAUUAGUGAAAAAGAGGAUUUAAAAAAUAAACUAUUAAGUCUACUUCUGCCUUCCUCAUCUAUAUCAAAUAAAUCAUCGACGACAAAUUUUCCAAAAUCAAAAACAUAA